AUGGAAAUGCUCCCAACAAUGCGAAGCGUUGCUGAUGAGCUGCAGGAACGCGCUGAUGCUGUAUCCCGGAGUUUCCAAACCAAGGGCACAACAACCUUUUCCGAAGACUUAUCAGUAUCAAUCAGGCUGCUGAUCCCUCAAGUUUCUUACCACAAAGAGUAUGUAAAUUUUUUGGAGUCACAAAGCGAAAUGUACGACAAAAUUGGUAAUUUGCAGAGGACAUUGUACACCGAAAUUCAGGAUAAAGUGAAGAAUCCAUUAAAAACAUGGGUGGUAUCCGAUUAUGACCGUAUAAUGAAUUCCAUUGACUUGUUAAAAGUCAAACGGCGGCAAAUGAAUGCGGUGAUGGCAGAAAAAUCAGCUGUAAAGGUGGACGUGAGGUAA